AUGAACCAACAACGCUCUGCCUGUGAUCGCUGCAGGGGUCAGAAGCUGCGCUGUCCACGGAACGAACAAUCCAAGAGUGAGCCAUGUACUAGAUGCUUGAAAAUCGGGGUCCAAUGCGUUACCAGCAGUGCCCGACCGCUGGGACGCCCUCGAAGAACAGAAGUGGCCGGGCGAAACACCAAAUUCACAAAGACAAGAGGUACACCAUCUGGUACACUGGACACUGGAUCCACUUCUCCAGGUCUGUCGUCGACGACGGAGGGUCUGUAUGACCUGUGGAUGCCUGGGAGGUUGGAUGCGAAUCCGGUCUAUCUUCAAGACCCGUCCUACGUGACCAGUUACAAUUCCGAAAAUACACUACCAAGCUCGACAUUCGAGGCAAAUGCAGGAUAUUCCUUCGAUGCGGAUUUGGGGGCUCACGAUGACCUUUUCGCCAUCGGACCAACCAUGCACCUUUCCCAACGCGCACAGUACAACUUUGGUCUCCCGGCUAUUGCAGAAAGUCAUAUCCCCGGGCCAUCACUGGAGCUGCUCCAGCCCCCAGACACUCUCACCGCCCUUGCGAGAUUGAAUGGGGAUAUCGCUAAACAGAUAUCUAACGUCGACGUAUAUUUCUGGGGACCCGUAAAUACAGGGCAGCAUUGUAUCGACAAGCUUCACCAAACUGAGGGAAACCCUGUCGCCGAGAUGCUAAAGAGCACCUCUCGCUUGGUCGAUAUUCUCGAAAAGCUAGCUCCGUUGUCACCACCGCCAAAAGAAUUGAUCGCCGGGUCUGUAGCGCUCGGAUCCACUACCUCAGACUCUGGCAACUCCAGUUCGGCCUCCGGGCGAAAGCAGACGUCGCCGCGUGCGCCGCGUUCGCCAGCUCAUUCAUCCUCGACAAGUCUAAGUUUGUUGAGUACCCCCGUGGUGCUAAUGCUUUUGUCAAGCUAUAUCCUCCUGUUGGAACUUUACAGCGCAAUUUUUAGCCGCGUAAAUGGUGCUCUGUCGCAGAUCGGAGACAUAUCCAACUUCUUGCAGGGGUUACCUGAGGUUCAAGUGGCUGGCCUGCCGCCAGUGAAGGCACAACUGUACGCGAAGAUCAUUAUUCAAAUCAUCGACCAUAAUUUCGACCAGCUCGAGCGCCUGUUGGGCCUCCCCGAGGAAUUUGGCCUCUCUGAACGGACGCCGGACUCGAAGGGUGACAGGAAAUCAUGGCACCUCAGGCAGUUCAACGCUGAGAUCGUUCAGAGCUAA